UGUCUCGGAAUUUUAUUCUGCAGAAUCGGAGUCCACUCGCUCUCCUCCUGGGGCAUCGGGCUUGCAACUCCCCCAAACCCAUCGCCUCGCCGCUGAGCAGAGCACAACGUCGGCGGCCCCUCCCUCGCUCUCUCCGCCGGAUCCUCCUUCAGCCGCUCCCCAGUCCACUCCCGCCGCCGCAGCGCCGCUCCUCUCUCGGUCCGGUGGAGUGGGAGAUCGGGUUGAUUCCUUCUUAUGUUGGUCUAUGAGAGAUGGAGUUUUAAUUUUAAACAGCACCUAGAGGACUGCGUGGACUAGGAUUUUAAUUCAGUAUAGAAUGGGUGGCUGCUGUUGCUGUUCAUCGAGAAGAUCUGAAGCAGUUAGAGCACCAGUUGAUAGAUGUCGUCAACAAAAUCUCCAGGAGCAUGAGCCGUUGUCUUCAGCUUUUGAUGGAUCAUCUCCAGCCUCUGCAAUUGUUGCAGUAGACACAAAUCUGGAUACAUCCACUCCCGACACUUAUCAAGCACCACCUGCACCUUUGCCUUAUGAUGUUGUUUUGGCAGUUCCAGAUAACCCUGAUUUGGAGAAGUCAGGCACUAAGAGCAAAAUUGAUGACCAACAAGAGUCCAUAGCUGAUCAGGAGUCCUUAAAGGUAGAUGGAUCAUGUAAUAAAGGUUUCCCCGAAGAUAAGCCUGACGAGGAGGAUGUUUGCCCUAUCUGCCUUGAAGAAUAUGAUGAAGGAAAUCCUCGCUCUGUAACCAAAUGUGAGCAUCAUUUCCAUCUUUGCUGCAUACUUGAAUGGAUGGAGCGUAGUGAUACUUGCCCAGUUUGUGACCAGAUAACCUUGGUGGAUGAGAUGUUUGAAUAGGCUUGGUAACCCUGGUGGAUCCUCUCUUGAAGCUCGUGCUUAUUGAGGAAGUGUUGUUAACUACUCUGCUCUUAAUAUUGAUCUGUUCUGGGUGGAGGCUCUCAUGGAAAUGAAUUGAGGAAAACACUUAAGGGAAAAAUUGAAAGGAGGACAUCACAUGAAAUGUAUUUGCGCCAUCUCCGUUUUUAUGCCUUUUGUGUCAUGCUUUGCCUGUUCAUAACAACAGGUGGAUUAGGUAACUGCUUGGUUGAAAUAUACAUCGGUCGCAGGUUUGUUCAGUUGAAAGUCCGAUGCCUGCUCUUUUGUUGUCCCGAAUUUGAACGUCUGUCAAUUCAUUGCUGAUUCUGUCAACUGUAAAAGUGGUCCUAGAUGAGGUUUCCUUUGUACAAACCAUGCUGGACAAGCUUUCCUGUAUAUACAUCCUAGUUUCUUCA